CUAGCAGAUAAAAUAAACAUUUCCUGAAUCAUUUCAGUAGUUGUUUGCAGACAGGAGAGCAGACUGACCGUGCCGACUCGUCACUGGAAAGAGACAGGUAACAGGAGGAACGGGGAGGGACUCCCCUGAGAAAAGAGUCCGUACAGAUGGAGGAGAGAGCGGGUCGCAGCGCCGCUCGGCCCCAGAAAAUGGAGGAUGUUGCAACAAAAAGACACCGGGAAAGCAACAAGGAACAAGGAGCAGGCAGUGGCAGCAGGAAGGCCCGAGACAGAGAGAGGAGGAAAAAGAGAAAUCAAAAAAGAAAAAAGAGCAACUCAAACGCAAAAGGAGAUGCAAACGUCAAAAGCGAAGACACAGAAAAAAACGAGAUGGAGGUUGUGGAGACCACAGGCAGCCAAACUCAGGAGAGUGCAUCCAUAGCAACACAACAUGUGGAUCCCCGAGUGGAAGACAGCUUGCCAACUGUGCACAACAGUGAAGAGCAACGCCACCAAGAUGUUAAGAUGGUGCAGGCUCAGACUCAAACGAAGAAAUAUCAAGGCCAAAACAAAUGCACACAAACUCCAGUUGUUUCUCAGAACAACCAGGAAACACAGACAGACGUCCCCGCGCCAAAACCAGACCACACAAGCGAUGAAAAGACUCCGCAUGAGACAAACAACGCUGCUGAGACGCAGCUUAAGCAAGACAAACACACACCUGAACCCAAACUGCAAGAAGACAGCGCUGUUCAGACAGAAAAUCAAGAUCCAGACAAGGACAGAGUGUCAUCAGAUUUAGGAAAGGAGCAAAACCCAGAGAAAGAGUCAAAGUCUAAAGAGGAGAAUCCUUCUGCAGGAGUCUCAGCUGAUCCCGCAGACUCCAAAGCCGAAAAAGAUGCCAAAGCGAUGUCUUACGCCAAAGUUGUGUCUGGAGAGGGUGGGAGUCAGAAACAGUCCAACAUGGAAGCCUCCAAAGCAGCAGAUAAAACCACAGAAACUUCCCAGAGCAUACGUGAUCGGAGCCCAGUGAGACCUCCGCCGGGCGUUCCCAUGUUCACCGUUCACAUCUAUGCUGUGCUGGACAAAAAGUUUAAAUUCAACCAAGACCAUGACACGCUUCUAAUGUGUUAUGGCGAAGAGUACUUACCCUUUAAGAUGACGCAUUUUGUUGGACUAAAACAGGGAGGAUAUCUGGUCGAAGCAAGCCUUUCUGUUGAAGAAAGGAACUUGAGGAGAGGCGAAUGGUGGACCUAUUGGUAUGGUGUAAAGCAACGAGUCAAAGAGAUUUCAGCCAUUGCCACAAGACACGUUCAAAUUCCAUUGGAUCCCAACAUUACAGAGUUGCACCUUUAUGAAGGCUUCAUUACUCGUCAGGACGGGCAAAGUUUUUGGCGAUCUGGCCUUAACAUGUUGGGCUGGACGAGAUCAAAAGGUGUAGAGGUAUCAGACGCCUGGCAGGCCUCAGCGAGAACUCUGCUGGACAGAAUCUUCCAGAAAUGGUCCCCAUCAGACAAACAGAGCACAGAGAGCCUGUGUAACAGCUUAUGGCAUUUCACGAUGAGUUUUGGUUCUGCACCUACAAGGAUAUCAUUCCCUGACCGUUCCCCACCUCCCAUGGUCAAGACAUCAGACAUGAUUUCAGAGACUUUGGUUCAGAUCUUAAAAGGCGAGCCAAAGGAGAAACUCCCAGGCAGCUGGAGGAGCACCAGUCCUCUCGUUCAGGGCCUGUCUGUGUUCAUGGUGACCAGAAAGUGUAGCAUCAACCUCGGAGUGAAAGGCUGGGCUGAGCUGUGUCUCCUGGUGUCCUCAGAGGCCGCAAUGGACCAGAAAAACCUGGACGUGUUGCUCAGUGAUUUCCAAUAUCCACAACACGCUGUGUUGGGUCUGAUGAACCUCUGUGCAGAGCAGACGGUGUCCGAGCUCGUCCUGCUCGUUCCUCUGCUCUUCAGACUCAGACAGCCAGGAGCUGACGCAGCGAAAGUGGGUCCAGCUGUGGAGGAGGAGAACUGGUCAGGACUUGACAAUGUCAAAUUCAAGCAGUUCAGGGAGAGUAUACAGUCCCACCCUGACAAGAGAAAGAGAAUGCUGAGUCUGAUCCAGACACACUUAUCUCUGGCGAAAGAGAUGCCUCUGCUGCCGAUGAGCUGGUUAUCUCUGGUCCCGUUUGAGGAUCUUCCUGAGAUUUCAGACCUGACGGGAAUACCUGCAGAACACCUGAUCCAGAGUCUGCUGUACAGACUGCGGAGAUGUGGAGAGUCGAGGGAUAAUAACAGAGCACAGGAGAAUGUAAAGCUCACCGAGAAAACCUUGACCCACAUACUGUUGAAAGUAGACGAAGAGAAGGACAGAAUGAUUGAAUCUGGAACCAUCAGGCCAGCCUUCCUGAGCAGCGUCCGUGUGAUGAAGAGCACAUGUGCGAUCGUGCGACUCGUCCAGAGCUACCACGCUGCCAUCCUGUCCUACCAGCUGGUGUUGAAAUUGGCAGAGAUUUUAAAUGCUGAACAGAGGAAAGAGUCCUCUGACGAUGAGUUUGAGAGCUUAAGGCAGAAACUCUUGGUUGAACUUACUUGUGUGCAGCAGCAAAUCAGUGAGUGGAGGGAUGGAUUGCUGCAAAAAGACCUUUUGACGUCAAAAUCACUCACCUAUCCAAAGGAAAUUGAGAUGUGGGACUCGCUGCUGAAGGUGGAUUGCUCUCUUGAAGAAGUUUCUUCCAGUUGGAGGCUGAGUCUGAAGAAAGACCUAAUGAAGAGGAUUUCCAAGGCAAGUGAUGAGGAUAAAGUACUGGUCUGCUGCCUUGAGUCAUCCUUGGCAGCUAUAAGAAAAAGCAACCAUGUUGUACAGACCUGUUUCGACGAGCUGUGUCAGUCGGCUAUCAAGGCAAUCUGCCAGAGAGGGCAGGAGGGAGACCUGAUGCGGAGUCUCAGCUCUAAGGGGAAGGCCCCCCCUGAGGUUGUCUUGUCUGCUGUUGUGGUUGAAUCCGCAGCGCGAUUCAGACACAACUCUGUAGUCCAGCUGCUCGACCCACAGUCCGCCAUCAACCACCUGCUGUCUCACAGUGAUUGGAAGUCGAUCCAGGUGGACGAUACCGCAGCACAGGUUGUCCACAGCUGUCUGACUGCACUGCAAUCUCUGGUGGACGCUCUGCUUCAGGGACACGUGGUCCUGGGACACCUACAGAGCUGCCUGAAACACAAGGAGCAGUUUAAGAGACUUCAUCAACAGUACAAGAAAAACAACAAAUCUGAGAGCGUUCCUGUCGAUGCAGACGUUGUUUUGGCUCAGAGAGACAAGGAUCUGAAGUUUUUCCUGGAGCGGAAACAGCAGACAGAUACUCUGAUAAAGAUGAUAGCAAAGGUUGCAGAAAGCAUCACGGUUCCUGAGAUGUUGACUCUGGAGAAGCAGCACAGUGCAGAUCUCCAGAGUGUGGGCCUGAACAAACUGGUGCGCGUUCAGUCUUUUGAUGCUGGGGGGAAGCUGGGAAACGGGAGCCCUUCCCACGUCCUCUGGUACAACAUCAGUAUGAAUACCCAGAAAAUGGCCCGUGAGAUGCACAAACUGCAUCACAGCAACCUGAUUCUGUCCUACUGGGUCAAGGGAGCUGCAACUUUGGCGUCAACAAGGCAACCCUGCUCCACUCCUGUUAGAGUCACCCUGACACAGAUCUACGAAAACAUCUGGAUGCCGCUGCUGACAGAGUUCUGCCAGCUUGGCGUUGGCAUUGCAGAUGCACUCAUCACUUUCAAGCAGAUCGAUCAGGUGUUGGUGGAGUCUGGCGACCAGGGAGACGGGACACUAAUGAAGAAGGAGCUGAGUCUGAUGUCAGAGACAGUGUGUGAGUCCGGACUCAAACCUGAGGAGAACUGGGUGGAGCGGAGACUGGGUCAGAUCCAGGAGUAUCGACAGCUCCACCAGGCAGCGGCUGCAGCCAGUGCAAUGCUGAAAAUUGCUGAAAAGAUGAAGCUCUCUGGGAACUUCACGGAAAUCGAUACUCUCAGCCAAAUGGAAGAAGACACCUUUAAGCAGAGGGCCCUGGGUUCCCUUAGUGCUGAUCUGUUUCAUGCCAGACGCCAACUCUCCACGGUCACCAAGCAGCACACUGCCUGUCUGGAAGAGUUUCUAGCGAGCCAAACUCUGGUCAGCUGGGUCAAAGAGAACCUUAAAAAUAUGAGCGAUGUGAAGGUGUACGUCGACCUGGCUUCCAUAUCUGCUGGAGAGAACGACACAGAGAUCGACCAGGUGGCCUGUUUCCAUGACGCUGUGAUGGGCUACGCCCCUCUGCUCUACUCCCUCUCCCCUGACGCUGGCUUUGAGGAGUUCAUGAAGUGCGCUCAGCAGGUGUGGGACACCCAAAACAGAGAUGAAAAGCUACAGGACAAAUUGAGAGAGUCUACUCGCUUGUUGAGCUGGCUGAAAGCCCUGAAGGAGACCCACGGCUCUGUGGAGCAGUCCUCUCUGUCCCUGGCUUCUUCUAUUAAUGCUCAUGGAGUUUAUCACAUAGGAUGGUCUGAUCACAACACAGAAAAGAGAUGUCUACAUAACAUGGUGCAGGUCACCGUGAAAAAGGACUCGGAGGAGAAGAGCUACAAGCUUGAAGACCUGCUGGAGCUACAGAACAAACUCAUGCUCAUGUCGUCCAAAGGGGAGCACGGCAGAGAACAAGUCAACAGGUUCACAGAGGUUUUUGAAGGAGUUCAGAGACUGGGAACCAUCCUUCUUCAGAUGCAAACAUCCGGCAACAUGCUCUUCAGGGAAUGGUGCGCUGAGGUCCAGUGCUGCCCACAGCAGCAGCCGUGCAUCAAAGCCACCUUCUUAUCCCUGAAGGGUAAAGAGAUGGCAUAUAACGGCGAGGCGACUGAGCAGCUACAAAAGCUGGCUCACUCGAUGGAGAGCUGCCAAAAGGAAUGGCGCUCCUUCAUCAGCGAGAUGCGCUCCAACUUCAACUUGCUGAACCACUACACAUCUGAGCAGGUGGUGUACCUGUGCCACUGGAUACACAAAGUGUGUCGACGGCAGGCACCAGUUCCUCCACAGUUAUGGCUUUUACUUUUCCCCAUAAAGCCUCAGUGCAAUCUAACUGAUGUCAGAGCAGCUUACACUAAUGCUGCAAGCAUGACCACAAAGCAUGAUGAACUGGAAGAUGUUGAGUAUGACGAAGAAGAUCAAUUGAUGUUUGUUCCUUCUUUGGACUUAACACCAGCUUCACCAGGACACAAUGAAAAGAAAAUGGAAGAUUUGAUGGAGUUUUCUUCCGAGGAUGAAGAUGACGGUGUCAUGAUGUGUGAUGACGAUGCCACAGAGGGUGAUGAGGACAGUCUUGAAACACUCUGGUGUAAAUUCAAGGACGACAUGCCACGGUACCUCGACGACUACUUGGACAUCUCAUCUCUGGCCCACUUCCUCUCAUGCCUCUCUGAAAUGCACCAGCAGCACGUGAUCAGGAACCUUCCGCUGGUCCUCCAGGACGGAAAGCCCAAUCUUGUGCUCUGUCCCAGUGCAGAAGUUUUUACCACCGUCCUGUCUUUUUACAUGCAGAGUCAAGAGCAGCCUUUGCCAUCUACUGAUGAGGUUCUAGUCUGCAGAGAGGAAACCACAGAGGAAGAGGUAGAGAUCUUUCUCCGCCGAGCUCUCGGCCAAGGCUCCGCACAGAACUGGCAGAAGAUAUACUCUCUUGUCAAUCCAGGGCUGCUGGGAUAUGAUGUCAGUGUGGCCCUGGGGGAGCUCUUUGAAAGUCUUGAGAAAAGUGCCAACCCGCAUUAUCGCUUGAUAAUAGUCAGUCCGGUUGAGCACCAGCACAGAUAUGUGCCCUCUUUCUUUAGCAAUAACAAAGUACAGGCUGGUAUGACUCUAACAGCCGAGACUGCCAGGAAAUAUCUGCAUCACCACUUCACACAAAACAUGUUCCCACAAAACCCUGUCGCACAGGUUUCUCCGGAUCAGCUCUCAGUCUGGACAGUCUCAUCUGUGCGCCCUGCAGUUGGGAAAUCCCUUUAUGUGAAUCGUUUGUUUGAGAAGUUCCAGCAGAAAUCUCCCAGAUCAAAAUAUAUCAGGAUCAGACUGAUUGAGCCAUGUGUUGAUAUAGACUCCUUGAUUAAAAGUCUAUCAGAAAAACUGGCACCCUUGAGAGAGCAGGACCCUGUUCUCCUGCACAUUGACACCGCUGGAGUUCGUUCAGGUCUGGAGGAGCUCCUGUUCCAUCUGUUAGUUCUGGGCUGUUUGAGCGACAGCCAUGGCAUGCUCUGGAGAAGAAAUGUUGCUCAUUUGAUCACUGUUGAGGUCCUGAGAACAAACAAACCCUCUCAACACCAGCCAAAAGAGAUGAAGCUUGGACUUCUUGAUAUUCUGCCUACCAUCCAUUGUAGACCUCCAAAAGAGGUGAAGCAGUUGUUGGCCAGUAGAGGGGGGUUGAAACAGACUUUUGAUCCACUCAUGGAUGAGCAGGAGUUUUGCAGUGAGGGGAUUCAAAGACCUUUGCACUACUUAAAGCUCUACAGCAACAAUCAGAAUCUGGAUCGUUUUAAAUAUCAGGAAGGAUCCAGAAUAGGGAAUCCCAUGGAAUGUGUCAAUCAAUUUCUGUCACACUGUGGAAUGCAGGAUCCCUCUUGGGCUGAGCUGAAGAACUUCUCCUGGUUCCUCAAUGUGCAACUGAAAGACUGUGAGAACUCAAUUUUCUGUGAUCCAGAUUUUCUGGCUGACCAGCUGCCUGGUUUCAAGGGCUUCAUUGUAAAGUUCAUGAUUCGAAUGGCAAGAGAUUUUGCCUCGCCAUCUCUUAACACAUCCGAUGAAAGUCCCAUGCUGCACAUUGAUAACAGUCUGGAGGAUGACGUUGUUGCCCGUCUGACAAUUCGUAAGCAUUGGGAAAAUGAAUCUCAUCCAUACAUUUUCUUUAACGCAGACCGAUUCUCAAUGUCUUUUCUUGGCUUUAAUGUGAACAUAUGUCCGAGGCAAAGGACGCUCAAUGCAGUUGAUCCUAGAAGCGGCAAGAUCCUGAUAGAAGAUGUGAUGACACGAAAGCUUUUUGAAGAUUUGGAACGGCAGAGGAUCUCUCUCACUGAAGACUUUGAUCAGUUGUCCCGGCUGGCCAAAAUCAAACGGAUUUCAUGUGUUGUCGGUGCAAAGAAAGGAAUCAUGGACGAAACAUUUGAUCCAGACCCAACAUAUGAGCUCACUGCUGACAAUGUGAUGAAGAUGUUGGCUAUACACAUGAGAUUCCGGUGUGGGAUUCCAGUUGUCAUCAUGGGUGAGACCGGCUGUGGAAAAACCCGAUUGGUCCGUUUCCUUUGCACUCUGCAAAGGGAAGAAAGACCAGUUAAGAACAUGGUACUUGUCAAGGUACAUGGUGGAACUACAGCAGAGAUGAUCUACAGAAAGGUGAGGGAGGCAGAGAUACUUGCUGAGAAGAAUCGUAGAAUGCACGAGCUAGACACCAUUUUGUUCUUUGACGAAGGCAACACCACAGAAGCCAUUUUUGCCAUCAAGGAAAUUCUGUGCGACCAAACAAUGAAAGGGGAACCUCUGAAGGCAGACAGUGGCUUGAAAAUAAUAGCUGCUUGCAAUCCUUACAGGAAGCACUCACCUGAAAUGGUGGAACGUUUGGAACGUGCAGGUUUAGGAUACAGGGUGAAGGCAGAUGAAACAAGAGACCGCCUUGGCAAAGUCCCUCUGAGGCAGCUGGUGUACAGAGUUCACCCAUUGCCUCCAAGCAUGGCUUCUUUGGUGUGGGACUUUGGUCAGUUGAGUGAUUCAACUGAACUUUCAUACAUCAAACAGAUUGUCAAGAAGCAAGUUGACAACCAUCAUUUGCCAGUGAACUGCAAGGACAUCAUUUCAAAUGUGCUGGCAGCCUCCCAGAAAUACAUGCGAAGUCGGAAGAAUGAGUGCAGUUUUGUGAGUCUCAGAGAUGUAGAGAGGUCUAUGAAAGUGCUAGUUUGGUUUUACCAGCAUAGCAACGUCCUUUUUGAAGACUGCUCUCAUCUCAAUGAGGCUUAUAAAACGCUGACGUGCUUGACCCUUUCAGUUGGAGUCUGCUACUACCCGUCUCUGGUGGACAAAGAGCAUUACCUCUCCGUAAUUUGUCGGUACUUUCCGGAUCCUCUCUGCUCUUCAACAGCAUUGCAGGAACAGAUUUCAUCCUGUCAAGACUUCUUCCUUCAGAACAUAAAGACAAGGGAGACCAUAGCCAAAAACAUUGCACUCAAAGAGAAUGUGUUUCUCAUGGUGGUUUGCAUCGAGCUCAGGAUCCCACUUUUUCUGGUUGGCAAGCCAGGCAGCUCUAAGUCGCUUGCUAAAACAGUGGUUGCUGAUGCCAUGCAGGGCCAGAAUUCCCACUGUGAACUAUUCAAGGAACUCAAGCAAGUUCAUAUGGUCUCCUUCCAGUGCAGUCCUCACUCAAGUCCAGAGGGCAUCAUAGGGACAUUCAAGAACUGUGCCCGUUUCCAGAAGGACAAAAACAUGGAUGAGUAUGUAUCCGUGGUGGUGCUUGAUGAGAUAGGACUAGCAGAAGAUUCUCCUCAGAUGCCCUUGAAGACCCUUCAUCCACUCUUGGAGGAUGGAUGCAUUGACAAUGACAAGCCAGAUCCACACAUGAAGGUUGGCUUUGUUGGCAUUUCCAACUGGGCUCUCGACCCAGCAAAGAUGAACAGGGGAAUAUUUGUGUCGAGAUGGGAUCCGAGUGAAGAUGAACUUGUGGAAACUGCCAAGGGAAUUUGUUCAUCCUCCAAACAAAUUCUCCUGAAAAUCAAACACCUGUUCCCAUCUUUGGCAAAUGCCUUCUUGAAGAUCUGUAAUGAGACCACCAAGAAUCAGUUCUUUGGUCUAAGGGAUUAUUACAGCCUAGUCAAAAUGCUCUUUGCCAUCGUCAAAUCAACCCAACAAGAGCCAGAUGGCGGACAGUUGGUCGAGGCCAUCUUGCGUAACUUCAGUGGACAGCCAGAAGAUUUUGAUCCAGUCAUAUUUUUCCAAGAAGUUCUCCAAAACGUAACAGAAAUUCCCAGACCAAGCACCUUGCAAAUGGUGAAAAAGAAUCUUGACUAUGACACCAACCAGGAGAGUCGUUACCUGCUUUUGCUGACCACCAACAAUGCAGCUCUCCAUAUCCUUCAGCAAGAAGUCUUUCCCAAAGGAAACUAUCCACCUCCUGAAAUAGUCUUUGGCUCGGGAUUUCCAAAGGACCAGGAAUAUGCCCAAAUCUGCCGUAACGUUAACCGGGUGAAAACGUGCAUGGAGACCGGGCGUACUGUCAUCCUCCUCAACAUGCAAAAUCUUUACGAAAGCCUGUACGAUGCCUUGAACCAGUACUACGUUUACCUCAGUAACCAGCAAUACGUCGAUCUUGGUCUUGGCUCCCACAGAGUCAAAUGUCGUGUCCAUACAAACUUCAGACUGGUGGUGGUGGAGGACCAGAAAAAGGUCUAUGAACAUUUUCCAAUGCCACUCAUCAAUAGGCUUGAAAAACACAGGGUGGAUAGGAGUACCGAUCUGGAACCAUGGCAACACAGGGUUCUCCACAAACUGAAAGAGUGGGUCAAGGAAUUCUCAGGUGAGGCCUCAGAGGAUUUCAAGCUAUCUGACAUUUUUGUUGGCUACCAUGGCGAUGCCUGUGCUAGCGCACUCUUACAAGCACUAGAAAGGAGAUCACAAAAAGUUGAAGACGGUGCAGCAAGACAGCAUCAACAGAAUGAAAAUGAUGAUUCACUGGAAGAAGAUCAACCAAACGAAACACCUGAAUCAAACUCUGACGAACACAAAGAGGUAACUGAUAAGGAGGAUGAUCAGUUGGGUGAUGCGAUGGACAUAGAGAAUCCUGGAACAAAGCAAGAAAUUGAGUCAAUGGAAAAUGAAUCCGCUGAGGUUUGUGAUGACGAAAACAAAAUGAUGUCUCAGAGUGAAGAACUGAUGGAGACAGAAAACGAUGUUCAGUCUGCCAGGGAAAACGAGAAAGAAGUCUUCGAUUUGGCUAAAUGUCUCUUGUUGAACUGUGCCACCCCUGACGCUGUGGUGAGGCUCAAGUAUUCAGAUUUAGCAAACCAGGAGAAGGAACAACUCCAGAGAAUGUACUUCCAGCAACAGCAUCACCAUUGCCUCCGAGAUUUCCUGCAAGAUUGCCUGAACAAGCAUCAAGAGUCCAGCAAGUUUCUAGAGAUAACGACAUUCUCCAGCUUGCUAACCAAGUUAGAUGUCAAGGUUGUAGCCCAUGCUGUAGGACUGCACACGGACAGGAUCCUCCUGCUUUCGCUCCACCAGUUUGACACUGAGGUCUCCUUCUGCAACAAGAUACGCGGCUUCCUUCAAAAUGCUGGCCACUCUCUUCACAUCGUGUUAAUCCAGAUGGACCUCGAGGAAUCUGACUGCAGCGAUGAGCUCAUAGCGUCAGCAAAAUAUUGCACCAUGAAUUACUUGAUGUCUCUAAAUCAUCAGACCUGUUGGGUGAUUUUCAUUGUGAAGGUUUCUAGGAUCCCAAGUCAAUCGCAGUACAUUGGUUUCCAAGGAGGAGUCUGGCAGUCAGUGCAUAUUGAUGACCUGAGGGAUUCAGAGGACAUGAGCCUGAACCUGUUGGAUUUCCAUGGAACUCUCAUUAGCCACCUACUCAUCCCUGCACUGUCAGAACACCUUGGAGAUGGAGAAACGGUGAGGGAAAGAAAAGACUCUCAGGGAGAUAAAGCCCACCUCCACAGCUUAUCCUUAGUGAGGUCAUGUAUCCAAAAAGCUGUGGGUUUGCUGAGGGACCCCGAUGGUGUGACAUCGCGUAGCAUGCAGCGGAUGCACAUCCUUCUGACUCUUCUUGGAACUGGUCGAGUGCAAAUAGGAGCUCACUUUCAGAAGGUGUUGUUGAGUAGACUGGCAGAGGGUAUCGCACAGAGAGAAGUAAUGAUGGGCUCUCCUAAGGAGUGGAUGUGCAGAGAGGCCAAGAAACGCCAGGCUCUGCAGGAGGGGGGAACUCUGAGACAUACGCUGUGGCGUUGUCUUCAGUCCGCUGUGACACCAAUCUUGGCCAGCAUGUUGGAGAUUAUGGACAGGUAUGCAAAUCUAGACCUGCUCUCUGAUAACCGGCUCAGCCAGGGCCUGAUAAAGCUGUGGUUGGACAUCCUGGCAGAUGCACAGAUUUUUAGCCAAACGCCUCUCCAAAACCCAAGUGAAUCAGACCAGGAAGUGCUUGUGAAUCACUACUUCAUGUUGGAUGGUGAAGAACAAGCCUGCGCUGCCCCGUUCAGCUGGCUCAUCCAUAUGCACCUUGAAGGCUUGUGGGAAGAAUCGGAAUUCAUGCCAGUAACAAAAGAGGAUGGCACAGGGAGGAUUGUCCAGUUUGUGAGCACCUUCACUAACAGCAAGCUGGGCAGCCACCUACAGAAACUCUCAGACGAGGAGAGAUCCGAGUAUGGCCACCUCUUUCUACAAGACUUUCUGCUGCUCUCGAUGAAGAUCAAGUCAAAGGACGAGCUUAGGGUGCUCACCGGGGCCAUGUUGGGCUGUGUGUCUGAGCUUCAGACGUCCAUGGGUGCCGUCACUGAGCUUUCUCCUUCUUGGAUAUUUGCUGCUGCCAGACAUUUUGCCCCCAGACUGGACACACUCUGCCACAUAUUUCUGCUGCUGCCCCAGCUAGCCACCGAUGUCUUUCAGCAGGGCUCAAAGAGGGAGCACCAAGAAAUGGUGGAGGACAUUCUAGUUCUGGGCGUCUGUGUUGAGCAGACCAAACUGCUGACUGUGACGUCCGUGAACGAGUGCGAGCUCUUUGUGAACAGAGUGGAGUUUCUGCAGCCGUGUCUAGAUAGAGUGUUCAGUCAGAAAUACAGAACCCUCUGCAGCCCUGGCUGUCUGCAACAUCUGGACUCCAUCCGGUCACUGUGGCACGGGAUGCUGGUUGUUGCAUCUUUCAUCCAGCACGUCCUUUUCAGAGUUAAACAGAUUGACUCCAGAUUGAAAGAACUGGCUCUCAAACACUGCAACCUUCACCUGAACAUGAUGAAGGAGUCUCCUGAUGUGAGGAGCGUGGACACACUGCAGAAGCUCAUCCGGAUCCUCAACUGUUUUCACAAUGAGUGUAUCAGCAGGGAUCUGAGGUUUGGCAUUUCUUGCCCAGUUUGCCUGUCGGAGCUCACAGAGCCGGCUGUCCUGCCCUGCCAGCACGUCUUAUGUCUGCCGUGUGUCCAGAACUGCAUUCAGCUACGAGGACGUCAAUGUCCUAAAUGCAGGGCAGACCUACUGACCGACUUCAAGCCGACUGUUUCUCAAACCAUCAAGUUAGCACUUCAGCAGCAAGCAGCGAUCCGGGACUGCUGUAACUCCUUCUUCCUGGAGGUGGUGUCCAGGUUCUGUCUGUCAGAGGGACAGACGCCCGGAGACGGAGUGGUGGAGCUGCUCUUCUCCUUACUCGUGUCUGCUAACGGAGACGUGUACCGGACCAGAGAGCUCACUCCUUUCCUGGAGUGUGUGGAUAACAGUCCGGUGGUGCGAUCUGUGCUGCCGAAGCUGCUGCUGCAGGACAGUUUUGAGCAGGUGAAGACUCACAUUCAGACCUACCUGAGUAAUCUGCAGGAGAAUCUUCUGAACAGAGAAGACCGUACUGAACUCUACCUGCUGUUUGUCAACUGCUUCCAGGACUCUCUGUUGUGCUCAGAAGCGAGGGAAGUGGAACGGAGCAGAGAACAGCAACGACAAGCUGACAUUGGAUUCCUGAGCCGGAUCGCCAGGAAACAGACUCCAGACCGACAACAAGACCCAGCCGAGUUCCUGCUCAACAUAGCCAGGCUGAGAAUAUGUCUGAGCACUGCAGCCGGUCUGCUCAACGAAGUCCAAGGCGGACAUGAAGAGGCGGAGGUUCGGUACCUGCAGCAGGUGAGGGCGGUGUGUGAGUACUGUGGUAAUGACUGGUACAGGGUUUACCUGCUCCGAGCCCUCCACAGACUCUCCGGUACGGACCACAUACUGUCCCUGAUGAACAACCCGGCCUGGAGAUGGCUCUUCCCCGCAGAUCUCCUUCGACUUCAGAGGACGAUUCCAACUAACAUGGACCAGUUCCUCUGCUGUGGGACACCUUACCGAGCUGUGAGAGACGCCGUGGUCCGCGUUCUGCUUGAAAACAGAUCUGACGCCUGCGUGACAGAAAUAAAGAAGCUGAAGGGCUCUCAGAUCAGUCUGCUGGCGCUGGCUUUGUUCAGACAGGUCACCUGCCGCUACAAAACCCCCGACUUCAACACGCUUCCCUCCCCACAGGAGUUGGCGAGACUGGAAGAGGUCCUGAAAAACGUCAAGCCAAAGGAGUUCAGGGAGUUCUGCGCUGCUCUUCUGUCCAAUCAGAUCGGUGGAGCGGGCUCUUUUCUGCGCAUCAGCGAGGAUCUUUCGGCUCAGAGACGAACCCUCCUGGAGCUGCUGGUCCAUCUGGACUCUGUGAUCCUCAGUGGAAAUCCUCUACUGGUUCCUCUUUAUCAGAUCGCCACCCAGCCUGAGAAUGUUACAAACUCCUUUCUGCCAACAAUGCCCGAUGAUCACACAAGUGAAGUCCUGCAGUGGUUGAAUAAAGACAGGAGAGCACAGCUGUACUCUUGUGCCAACGGACAUCCAUGCGUUGUGACAGAGUGUGGGAGACCGGUGGUUGUAGCAAAAUGUCACACAUGUGGAGCCCUAAUUGGUGGGAUGAACUACAAACCAGUAGAGGGAUUUAGUGCAAAUCAAAGUGUCAGAGAUCAAACUCGGACGGGACACGUAUUAGGAGAGGCUGGCCAGAGGUCUGAAGCCCCGGAGAGACAGCUGACUUCUGCUCAGUCCUGCAUCCUGCGGCUGCUCACACACCUCGCCAUGCUCCAAGGCGCUUUGAGAAAUAACAGAGGAGUCAGUGACAUGAUACACCCCGGGCCCCGUGAUGUUUACAACUUCCUGUGGAACCACCUGGAAACAGACAUGCGUGUGUUGGGGCGGACGCUGGAUCAGAACAUGGACAACACAGCAGUGACAGUUCAUCUGAUCCUCAACACCUGCACACAAUUCACUCCAGGUUCCCGCGGAGCGAGACCCGAUCUGUCCUCCAGACAGGGACGACAACAUUGGGAGAAGCUCGUCUGUGAUUCUGCCAUCAACCCAGUACUUCAAGAUUUGCAGGCGAAUCUAUCUGAAGCUCAGGAGAGUAUCAGUGCCGACGACGGACUCGAUGGAAGUGCCCUGAUGAAUCUCCUCUUCAAGGAUCCUGGGCCCAUGUUGUCGCUCCCCUCCGACUGCCCGACACAUCGCUCCACCUUCUGGACUCUCCCCGAGACGAUGACAGUGGAGCGUUUCUCCAACCUGGUGGAUGAAGCACGGAGACACAGCUCUUUACCGCUGCUCAGCCUGUUCCUCAAGAAGAUUCACUGUGUGAGGCAGUUACAUCACCUGCCUGAGCUGGCAGCUUUACAGUCGGACCUGCUGAGGGUGUUUCCUCGGACGUCAGACUCUACGGAUCAGACUAUUGCCCAAAUGUUACAGCAGAUACCGGCAGGAUACCAGAGGAAGAUUCUGCUGGAGAGAGUGGAGAGAUUCAUCAUGGUGUGGAACCGCCUCCGAACAGAGGUGGCAAACAGCUCAGCAGACUUGGGUGCUGAUGACUUGUGUAGGAAGGAGCUGACAACCGAGAGCUCUGGCGAGUUUCUGUCGCCAUGCCGACACGGACCAGGGUCGUGUCUCCGGACUCUGGUGGACUUCCUGUCGGAGACUCACAACAGCCUGGUGCGAGUGAGCCGCCAGGAGGACAGUGAAUACAGUGUUCCUUUAGAGAGCAUAUCAGAGACCCAGCUGACGCUGUGCAGCCCAGAGAGAGAGCUGCUGCCUCUGGUUUUAUCCCACUGCCAGUACACCUUGAAGAAAGGCGGGGAGACGGACAGCAAAUACGACCUGCCAGGCAUCCAAACCCAGCUGGCCCGUCGCUUCCUGGCUGGGAAACCACUUAUCCGAGCGGACACCUCGAGGUACUUGAACAGACACCUGCAGGACUUCUCUGUGGUUCUAACCGAGGUCCGAGACCGGAUUCAUCAGGAGCCGCUGAAGGGUUCGGUGAGCAGCACCAUGAGAACGGUGCUGCGCUCAUACACAGACGUGUGUGACGCGCUGUUCGUGGUGGAGAUUGGCCUUCGCUUUCUUGGCAAGACGGGCGGCGAUCCACAAGGUCAACUUCUGUCCUACCUCACUGACUCACUGCACAUGGACCAAGCACAGAUUUCCAGCACUGUAGCCAAGGGUCUUGGAGAGAGCAAACUUGAACACAGCACGUCCACCUGGCAGCUCCUGACUUCCUGGAAAUCUGAGCUUAUGCUGAACAAAAAGCAAGACCCGUUUCAGAGGCUGCCCUCUAAGUUCCAGCAGAAGCUGUCCGAGGAGGAGAGGAAAGGGCUGAAGCUUUUCCUCGCUGUCACAGACGUCAACACCUUCUCUUUGGAGCUGCAUGAAAUUCUGCUGCUGAAGACGAAUAAUGACGUGCCGGACCAGGCUUACCAACCACACUGGGACAUCAAGACCACCUUAGAGGUUCACUUGGAGCAGAAAGGCCUUCCAGUUCUGCUGGGCCUCAAGUAUUUCCCGGAGGACAUCACACUUGGAAAAGGGGCUGACGUGUGGAGGGCCGCUGUCGACUUUAAAAGAAGAUAAAAUGAUUUCUACAGACUUAUUUUUUUUAUUAUUUUUUAUUGUGUGGCCAUUUUAGGCCUUUAUUUGAUAGGACAGCUGAAGUCAUGAAAGGGGAGAGAGAGGGGGGUGGAAUGACAUGCAGCAAAGGGCCACAGGUCGGAGUCGAACCUGCGGCCGCUGCAUCAAGGAGUAAACCUCUAUAUAUGGGCGCGCGCUCUACCAGGUGAGCCACCCAGGCGCCCACUACAGACGUAUUUCUGAUCUUUUUCUGAUGUUUUUUGUAUUGCUAUUGUUACAUUACCAAGGCCACACAGAAUCUAUGGACGCACAAUUCCGCCGAUUUUUACCCAAAAAUUUUCUGCAGAUUUUAAACAAAUUACAAUAAAACUGCAGAUUUUCAUUCUGGAUCACAAAAAAACAUCUGCAGAUUCUGUUUGGGUCUGCGUAUUAGGAAUAAUAAAUGUCUAGGAUUAUUUAAUUCCAUAUGAUAGGGGCAUGUUCUGAAGUAUUUCUGUAUAGUUUGAGAUGUCUUAAAGUGACCACACGGAAUCUGUGGACGCAUAAUUCCCGCAGAUUUCAAACUUAAAAUAAAACUCUGAAUCUCCACCCCAAACAGAAAACCAUUCUGGUAAUUUCCGCAGAUUUUCACUCUGGAUCACCGCUGAAAACACUAAAAAAAAAAGUAUAUAUCUGUGUAUUACUGUGUAUUAGUAGUCUGUGUAUUAGUAGUCUGUUAUAUGGCUGAAUGUCUAUGAUUGAGUCAUUCCAUUAUGAUAGGGCGUGUUCUGAUGAAGUAUUUCAGUUUAUUUGGAGAUGUCUUAAUGACAGGGUAGUGCAAUAAAUGCAUUUGAAGUGGGCCUAUCUUUAUUCAUUCCAUGUUCAAUCUGUAAAUGAGGAGUCAGGGAACAAAUAAUUAAAAAAUAAACUGUUAAUGAACCC